UUUAGAAAAGGAAGAAGAAAAGCUGUAAAACUGUGCUUUAAAAAUUCUGUUUUACACAUAAGAUAGUGAGUAGCUUCACUUGUCUGGAUUUUUCAAAUUUUGAUUAUUGCAAUGAAUUCCCUUUUUUCCUAAAGUUGAGCUGAUUGUCCUUUGGGCAACUAACGGGUUAAAUGCUACCUUCUAAGUUCAAGGAAAAUUAGCCUUGCUCAAAUAAUGCUGCUGGCUCACAAUUGCAGGGCUUUGGGCAGAGUAAAGACCGGAGGAAAUCAGUGUGUAGGAGACAGUCUUCUCCGUGACAAGACCAGCAAAAAUUAUGGAAACCACUUUGGCAGUGAUGGAUUCUUCUGAUAUUCAAAGGAAAAACAUAGCUGUCAUUGGUGGUGGCUUGGUGGGAUCAUUAAAUGCAUGCUUCCUUGCCAAGAGGAAUUUCCAAGUUAAUGUAUAUGAAGCUAGAGAAGAUAUCCGAGUGACUAAAUUUGCACGUGGAAGAAGCAUUAAUUUGGCCCUUUCUUAUAGAGGACGACAAGCCUUGAAAUCCAUUGGCCUGGAAGAUCAGAUUGUAUCCCAAGGUAUCCCCAUGAGAGCAAGAAUGAUUCACUCUCUUUCAGGAAAAAAGUCUGCAAUUCCCUAUGGGACAAAGUCACAGUAUAUUCUUUCUAUAAGCAGAGAAAAUCUAAACAAGGAUCUAUUGACUGCUGUUGAGAAAUAUCCCAAUGCAAAAGUGCACUUUGGCCACAGGCUGUUGAAAUGUAAUCCUGAGGAAGGAACGAUCACAGUGCUUGGACAUGAGAACGUUGCCAAAGAUGUCACCUGUGACCUCAUUGUAGGAUGUGAUGGAGCCUAUUCCACUGUCAGAACUCACCUCAUGAAGAAACCCCGCUUUGAUUACAGUCAACAAUACAUUCCUCAUGGGUUCAUGGAAUUGACUAUUCCACCUAAGAAUGGGGAUUAUGCCAUGGAACCUAAUUAUCUACAUAUUUGGCCUAGAGAUACCUUUAUGAUGAUUGCACUUCCUAACAUGAACAAAUCUUUCACGUGUACUUUGUUCAUGCCCUUUGAAGAGUUUGAGAAACUGCAAACUAGUGGUGAUGUGCUGAAUUUCUUCCAGAAGUACUUUCCGGAUUCUAUCCCUCUAAUUGGAAAGCAAACCCUGGCACAAGAUUUCUUUCUGUUGCCCGCCCAGCCCAUGAUAUCUGUUAAGUGCUCUUCUUUUCACUUUAAAUCACACUGUGUGUUGAUGGGAGAUGCAGCUCAUGCCAUAGUGCCCUUUUUUGGGCAGGGAAUGAAUGCGGGAUUUGAAGACUGCUUGGUAUUUGAUGAAUUAAUGGAUAAAUUCAAUAACGACCUUAGUAUGUGCCUUCCUGAAUUCUCAAGAUUAAGAAUUCCAGAUGACCAUGCAAUUUCAGACCUAUCCAUGUACAAUUACAUAGAGAUGCGAGCACACGUCAACUCAAGGUGGUUCCUCUUCCAAAAGAACAUAGAGAGAUUUCUUCAUGCUAUUAUGCCAUCUACCUUUAUCCCUCUUUACACCAUGGUCACCUUUUCCAGAAUAAGAUACCAUGAGGCAGUGCUGCGCUGGCAUUGGCAAAAAAAGGUGAUAAACAAAGGACUCUUUUUCUUUGGAACACUGAUAGCUGUCAGUGGUACUUACCUACUUAUGCGUUCCAAGUCACUGAGACCCCUGGACUACUUGAGAAGACCAUGGGACUGGGUCACUUACUUCCAGAAUACAGCAUGUCUCCCUGUAAACUCCCUGGAGUCACUAGAACAAAUUCCCAAUGUCAUUAGAAAGUGAUAAAAAGAUCCUGAAGUAGCAAAUAUUAGAUUUCUCUGUAACCAAAACAGGAUUAAAAUCAUGCUUCCAUCAUCAUAUUUAAUUCACUAAUAGAAGAUAUUUAUCAGCUUAUAAAUUCAAUGUAGAAUUUC